GGGGGGCAUUUCGAGGAUUUACGGUAUAUGAAUUUAAAGAUCUAAUGCUAGGUACGCCCACAGCGCUACCAUGCCUGCCUCUCUUGGGUGCGCCAUUGCCAAUGAAUAGUGAUGUUACUCAAGCUCCCGUAACUAUCCAAAAUUAAUCGGAUAACUCACCAGAGAAAUUCGGCUUGUUACCUUGGGCAAUUUUGCUAUAUAAAUUGAAGGGAACAAGGCUUCAUUUUAACAACAAAUCAACAAGCAAAUUUGCUAAUCUGUGUUUUAAUAAUAAUUCUUUUUAAGUAUUAAGGUAGUAUCAAAGAGCUGAGGGCCGCAACGAGUGCAGGUCAUCUUGACAAAAUGCUCUCAUAUCUAGGGAGCUUUUUUUCAAAAUACUAAAUUCAAAGUGCGCAUGCCAAGAUUUUUUAUCGUGGAUUUGUCGAUUCACGACACAUAAAAGCGAUCCACAUUCUCCAUUACUGUUUCCUGAUAGUUACCUGAAGCAAAAUCGUACCCUGAGCUAUCUUUUUCUGUUUCCGCUGACCACUUCCUCUUCGGAAUGAUAUUCUGCUUGAGCAGUUAUUUAAUGGUCAAAAGGAAGUUCUUAAGAAAGGCUUAUCCUAUAUUGAAAUUUUCCCGUAAACACAGAUGAAUAUGCUAUUUAAAAAGACAAAGGUCUACAAUGCCAGGGUUUACUAAUUCCACUACAUAAUUGUAUUCCUCAUACCUGAGACUUAUAGAAUAUGUUAUCUUAUAGCAUGACAUCAAGUUGUGAAAUAAUCAAGUUCACUUUUUGCAAAGCUAUAAGUUUGAGUAUGAUAAGAAACUAGGGCAAAUCUCCUUUAUGAAAUCUCAGUGUGGAAUACUUCUUUGUUCUGAAUGCUUACACUUCUCUCUCCCAUUUCGGCCAAAUCCAGCUCAAAAUUCACGACUUUACGCAUGUGACGAAGCGAAUUGAAUCCAGCAAUACAAACUAAGGAGAAUACCAAAAUAGCCAGGGACAGGGGUGUCUUAGAUAAUGGUUUGAUUUUGGUGCCUAGCAAAAAAUUGAACCGCCCUCUUUUAAACAGUUCCAUUUUUAACUCUACGAUAAAGAAGAUUUGAAGAAGUAAAAUGUUCGAGUUAUUUGAUUGCUACUGACUACCAAAAAAAUUUGCUUACUGGAUCAAAGCAAAAUUCACCGAAUGAUGAAAAAAUAUUGGUGUCUGCCCCUGAAAAUGUUUAGCCCUAUAGAAUGUUCGUAUGAAGCCUAAACCAAUGGUUUGUACUUUCAAAGGAUAAAUUGGCUGACACGUUAUCAGUGUCUCAGUCACUAGGUGUAUCAAAGUAUUUAUCCUUUCUCCAUUCAUUUCGUUAAGUUUGAGAAGCCUUGGGAAAAAGGCAAAUUAGACAGGUUUUGGGUGUGGUGCUCAGCCUUCUUUCGUUGACAUUGACCCUAUUACAACCACAUUGACCAUGCUCUGACAAAUAUUUCACUACAAGAUGCACCAUGUUUAGUUUUCCCUAGCUGAUUGACUUUUUCGACGGGUUCCAAAUGCUAUUUGUGGCAAUUACCAUUUUAUCGAGCAUAUGCGUUGUAAGAACUGGCUCUUUACAGAAUUUUACAUGUCAUUUUGAAGUUUUUAUAGUUAUAGCACAUUUCCUAUAACUUUUUAUGUUGUUGAUAAUAUUCCAAAAAAGCUUUUUUAUAACUGUAUAUUAACCCAGAAGAGCUUAGGACACCAAAAGCUUCGUCCAUUAAACGUUUCUUCGUAGCGUUUUCGUUUGACGUCAUAAGAAGUACAAACUUUUCUGAUCCUAUCAUUUACAGCAGGGAAUAUAGGGUAAAGCAUUAAAGGCUCUUUCCUUGACAAUAAUGCAAUAUUUCCAUAAAGACUCUAUGACGCUGUAAAUUACAUCAUCGCAGUUUUUGUCUGGUGCUUUAUAAAUGUUUUCUCUUUGUACCAGCUUAUCUCAAAUAGCACCAAAUAUCCCUGUUACUUUCGUAGCCUCUUUCUUACUGGAAAAGACAGAUAGAUAUCCUUGUUGCAAAAAGUAGUUUUUUUCUCCGAUACGCAUGUGAUGUUAUUGAUGUUAUUCUCUUUUGAGAAAUUGGUGUUAUUUACUUGAAAUUUUUCGGAACUAAGGAACCAACGACUGGGCCGUUCAUAUUUUGUCAAACUUUAUCGUAUUCCUUGUUUCACGAUUUGAUGACAACUGCAAGUUCAUCGAAAUUUGUGAUUCAUCCUAAUUCAUCCUCGAAGACAAUGUUUUGAUGAACCAUGAUGAAUCUGAUGAACUUCGAAGAAAUACGAAGUCUUCUUACUUUUUUCUUCUCACAAUCAUUUUAUGCUUCCCAAUUACCUUUUUAAGCAAAGAAACAAGAGAAAAUAUUGGAAAAGCCACUAUCCGAAAGACUCGCUGCCUCGUUUUCUCAUCGUUACCUUCGGUUGCCAUUUUGAAACGCUUCACUCAUUUGAACAAACCUACAAAUGAACUUUGAUUUGAAGAGAUCACAGAGCCUUUUGGUACCAGUUUCUAGGACGAAAAACUUGCACGCUGUUCUUUUGGUGCAAAAAAGGACACCAUUUUGCUCACUCAUAUUGAAUUUUACAUAGUCUUUAUACGAUGCUCUACUCAUUCAAAACACUGGACUUUCUUUAAUUUUGCAAAAAGUAUUGGUAACUGAAUUCCUGAUACAUAUCAACUGUUUCAUAACCAACCAACCAUCAUGAUCUGUUCUGAAAUCGAGCUAGCUUACUUUCUGCUUGCAUGCCAGAUUUCACAUACUUGAAUUCCUUCUACUUGCUUGAACGAUAUAAUAUGGUGUUAAGUCAGCCUUUUUAUUGUUUGCUCAACUUCACUCCAUCAUUGGAGUAUGACUAAAACAAUUAUUGAACGGUACUAUAAUACAAUGUUCUUCGCACAAGAACCUAUGUACCACAAUCUUUUUCUGUGCAGUGCACUUUGCUUACCGUGCUCUCUUUUUCAAAGCAGUAGAUCCAAUCAGAGCUGGUUGAUCAUCGUGUCCUCUAUUCCUGGCUGACUUGAGCUAUGACCUACUCUAAGAAGCUGAUAAAACUAAUCCGGAAUCUUUCUUGAUUCCCGAAAAUAAUGUGUGGAGGACUGUUUGGGUCAAGUGGAUUAAACAGCUUUUUGCUUUUAUGAAAAUUCAGCAGCAAAACAUUUUCCAAUUCGUUCCACUUGCCUUGUUACCUGGUAGUGAAACUUACGCUUUAUGCUUCGCUUAAGCAAGGUGCAAUUACCUUCGCUAUUUUUUAUCUCCUUUCUCUUUUUGCCAAAACAGCGUUUCAAGGAAGGGUCUUGCUUUGGAAAAAGCAAAGAUUCUCGACACAGCUAGGGUAUUUUUCAAAAUGUUUGCUUUUUCAAAGCCAUUUUAAUCUCUGUUCCCCAUAAAUAUUGAUCUGCAUUUCAAAACAUUGGUAUUAUGAAGAGUCGACCUCAACGAUGCGUAAUACUUUCUGUUUCUUGGACGCUCCAAACCUUAGGAUACUCGUAUGCACUGGCGGUUUUAGGGACUGCGGGGCCCGGGGCCAAAAUCAGCUGUGGGGCCCUUGUUCUUCACAAUUUCCACCUUUUUUCAGGUGUGGGGCCCCUUUUGGCUAUCAUAAGUGCGGGGCAUGGGGCCAUGGUCCCCCCGGACCCCCUAAAACCGCCACUGCUCGUAUGUAUUCUAGGGAUUUUCAGACACAUUCCCUUCUUUAGUCUUUACAUAGAUAAUUUGAUUACUGGUAGUCAGCUAGAUUCUAUGAGAAGUGUUGCAAAAAAUCUUGAGCCAUGGCUUGAAUCUUGAGCCAAAACGCAAUCUGCUACGAAAAGGCCGGCUUCUUUAAUCCAAAUAAAAGCUUAAAAUUUGAUAAAAGCCCAAAUAUUAAUAAAAACCCAAAUUUUGAUAAUAACAAAUGUUCUGAUAAAUACCAAAAAAAUGACGAAGACAGAAACUUUGAUAAUAAACCGAACUUUGAAGACAAACCAAAUUUUUAAACUAACAUAAAAUCAUGAUUAAAACCCAAAUAUUCACAACAAAACAAAAUUUGAUUCAAAUCCAAAUUUUGAAGAAAAGCCCAAGUUUUAAUAAGUAGCUGUCGAACAUGUGUACGCUGAAGGUAUAUAAUAUUCAUACGGGACAAACCUAUCUUGCCAUCAUCAUAAUUUAUACUUUCGCUGUGUUAAAACUCUUAGAAUUCCAAAGUUCCUAAGCGGUCCAGCCCUCCAGUUGGCCCCGCCUCGUACAUUAAAAAGCAAUCCAAAGUUUAAAUUAAUAAUUCUCUAAUCUGCAGAAUAAAUACCUUAUCAUCAUUAUAUUCUGCAGGAUUUAACACAACCUAAAAAUUACUUUAUUUGAAUAUUGUUCUAAUCCUACUUACUGCUCUCCAAACCAACACUUGCCACUAAAAAUAGUGUUGGAACUAAUAUCAAAUAAUGAAUUCCGUGACACAUAGCUGCUUAAAGCUUUAUGCAGUUAUGCAAAUGAUGGUUUUAGAUCUCUGCAUGAUAUCUCGAUCACUUAAUAUCUUGCUUAUGAAUUUGGUCCAGUCAAUGUAAACGUCAAUUUGAAGACACGACAUCUAGAGGUUCACUUGGCUCUGCUUUGUCACAUAAUUGCUUGCUUUCUACAUGAUUUUCAAGUUAUCCCAUAGAUUUUUGGUACUUAUGCUGCAGUCUUUGUGCACAGAACCUACUAGGCGUUUGAAAGUAGAGUAUAGUGAUGAUGACACGUGGUCUCAGGAGGAAGGGAAGGCCACCAGGCACAAAUGGUCAAACCCAAAUAGCAGGGCGUCGUCAACAGAGGAGCGCAGGAAUCCUCACGAAGGUGAGCGGGCGUCAAAGUUGAAACCGGAGACAUCGAUCAGGCAGAGGACAUCCUCGGAAGAUAACCGCAGAGUUAUUGGACAACUACUAGGCCCUGGACGGGGCAUUGAUCACCUUUUCGCUGGCAUAAUGGGUGAAGGAUUCACUAAGAACGAUGUCGAGAUGGCGAAAAUGCAAACCGACUCACAAAAUGGACCACAGAACCGCGUUGUAUUCAAUAUAUCUGGAAAACAUUAUGAAACAUAUGACGCGACUUUGGAUAAAUUUCCUGACAGUCUUCUCGCGCUGCCGCAUCGGAAUGUUUUCUAUGAUCCCCUGAACAAAGAAUACUUUUUCGACCGAAAUCGUAAAGCUUUCAGUGCAAUUUUGACUUACUGUCAAACUGGUGUGUUAAUAAAACCCCCGACUUUAGACGAUAGAAUUUUCUCAGCUGAGCUCCGCUUCUUUGGAUUUGAGGAUGAAUCAGAUAUGCAUGUCGCGCCUGGCCCAGAGCAGCCUCAAAGAAUACUACCUAAAAACAAACACCAGCGAAAAAUAUGGGAACUUUUUGAGUACCCGGAUACGUCAACAUACGCUCGAGUUGUUGCCAUUUUUUCUGUUUUUGUUAUCAUAUUAUCAAUUACUAUGUUUUGCGUUGAAACUCUGCCCAAUUUUAAAGAGACUUACUAUCAAAUAAACAAAGAUGCGAACGGGACGGUCAUUUCUAAAACUGACAAAGGGGAACGUUUAAAACGAGAAUAUGCAUCGGUAUUCAAUGGAGUUGAAAUGUUUUGUAUUGUUUGGUUUACAUUGGAAUAUUGUGUCAGGCUGCUCAGCUGUCCCGAGAAAUUUAAAUUUUUAUACCAGCCGUUAAAUGUGAUCGAUUUAGUGGCUAUAAUGCCAUUUUAUAUUACGCUGGCCUUGAAUUCAGUCGACACCAACGUUGGUAGCCUGUCGAUCUUAAGGAUACUGCGUCUUGUGAGAGUUUUCAGAAUUUUCAAACUUUCCAGAUACAGCAGAGGCUUAAAGAUACUAGGAUACACUUUCAAGGCGAGUUUGCAAGAACUUGGUCUCUUGGCCUUUUUCCUGCUGGUUGGCAUUGUCCUUUUUUCAUCUGCAGCCUACUACUGCGAAGAAAGCGUCAAAGACACCAAGUUUAAAAGCAUCCCACACACAUUUUGGUGGGCUAUUGUUACUAUGACAACAGUGGGGUAUGGUGACAUGGCUCCCGAAACUCUUGGUGGUAAACUCGUUGGUUCGUUUUGUGUUCUGCUGGGCGUGCUGGCGAUCGCAUUCCCUGUGCCUGUUAUCGUAAACAACUUUACUUACUAUUACACACUUGAGCAGAGUUGCCCAGAACCCCUGGACGAUGAAUACACUUGUGCUCCGUUAGGAGACCUGAAACGGAGCUCACUUGCAAGCAUUGAAGAAUCCCAGCUGCCUACGAUCGUAAUCGAUAAGGUUAAUGGGAAAACUUCAGGAAAGACGUCGGAGGUAAAUUCUAAUGACGAGAAGAUGCCAUUAAAUCCGCAGGUAGAAUCACAUGUGUGAUGGUGCAAUGCCCUUCGAGGACAUUUACUUUGAAAAGUUGGAAGUAAUUAGAAACUUACGUAGUGAUUUGAUAACUUGAGCAGCUAUGGAACCUUUAUAUGCUCAGUAUAAUAGCAGUUAACAACAUCAAAACCAAAUACACUCAAAUCUUCUAUCUCGAAAGAGUAUUCAACAUUGCGUGAUUGCUUCGCGGUGGGAAGACUUGUCAGAAUGUCUGCUUGCUCGCCGAUGGCCUAAAGGAUUGUUUGCACGAAGCAUGCAUGAAAGAGAAUCCGCUGGAAGGUCAGUUUUCAGAAAGAGAUAUUAUCAGAAGAAUGAUAAGAUCGUAUGCCCUCAAAUGUUGUAAGUUUACACGGGCAAAAGAUUUGCAGUAAACUGAAGUACCAGGCAAAUUUUGAAGAGUCCAUCGAAAAGAGAAAUGGAGAAAAGUGACACAAAAAUAACGUUAAAGGAGAGACUAAUUAAUUCUAAUGUACAUAUUUGUGAAAAUGUUAAUAUAUUUUUGUAUAACAUUAGCUUAGUUACAGGUUUAAUUUUUAAAGGACUGUUCUAACUAGGUCGCCUUGUAAUGUUGAAGCUUAUCUCAUUUCAUAAUUGGAAUGAUUUUGUAAGAGGACAACCUUUCUCCUGAAAAGUUGAAUGGUUUUUGCGUUAGUCUUGAACUCUUUUUUAUUUUUAUUUUGACUGCUUAACAAUUUUUCAUUCUUUUCGAUGUAUAAUUCAUUUAGCUAUUUUUCAAGUGUAUUAUUUUCUACUUAACCGUACUUAGCGGUUUUACGUGAAACGAAAUAUAAGUAUUUUUUAGAAAGAGACGUGAUAACAUAAAGAAGAAUUUUUGUCAUAAUGCUGUGCGUUUUGAAAAAUAGAGCUACAAGUCGGCUUUAUAAAAUGAAAUAAAGAUAGGAAGUUAAAAUUGGGAUAGGAUGGGGGGACGAAAGGGGGAAGAAGUGAACAUGAUGAUGUGACUUUCUGAGUGGAAAAAGCAUUAAUAGAGGUUCUCAAAGCAAAGACUGAAGACAGGGAAAGACAGGAGAUGGGCAAAUUUUAGCCAUUACUAGGAAUAGGAAGCAAUAAAACUGAAGGUCCGGAAAACAAAAAGAUUGAUUUUUAUCACGCUUAAGAAUUUUCAUUGCCGGCAACUGUUGACGAAUAUUCUAUAUUUUUGUUCUUAUUCUGUGGCAUGUUUUGUAGGUAGAUUUCCUUAUAAAUGUAUUAUCAGGAUGACUACUAAAUUCGAAAGAUACGUAUCUGUUUACAAGCCAUCCAUCUUUAAGCAGAUGACUUUAUUUUGACAAUUGAUUGGCGUUUCUUGAAGGAACGCUCACUAAUUUUGCACCUCGUGCCGUAUGACUUUGUAUAUGAAUUUGUACAUUUUUAAUCUUCGUCUUUUGCACACAAACAGCAUAACGUAGCCUAAUUUAAUAUUUUUAUAUGUUUCAAGAAUUGUCUAACUUAGGUAGUAGUUGUUGAAUUACCCAAUCAUCAGCAGCAUUUAAAAAAGGCUGAAUCUUGGAUUCGAAAAUCUUCCAAA